AUAAAAUCCUAAAUGGAAAUCACAAAAACCUCCCACAACUAAACGUGAUAAAAAUCACUCAACUAAAGCGUGCAACUUUUAUAGCACAAUGUACAACCAUCUCAAGCGUAAACUUUGAUGUUUCCCUUGCCAAAUUACAAAUAUCAAUUUCUUCCCAAACAGAAACAGAACGAACGACUGCAAAACCCUCGUAAUUCUUGACCGGGAAAAUGGCGGAUGCUGACGGAGACGGUAUGUUUGAUGACCUGACGAAAAUGUUAUUAAUUGCUGCCGGCCAUAAUAUACAUGAAGUGGAGGAGGAGGAGGAGAACGGGUAUAGAUACUAUGAAGUUCCAGCUGACGAGUACGAUUCUAGCCACGAAUACGACGACGCUUUGCGCAAACUUUUCCACGGUGACCUUUACAUCUCUAGCGACGACGAUGAUGUUGAUUACAGGGAGAAUGGGCCUAGCGACGACAACUAUUUUGACAAUGACGAGAUUAACCGUAUAUUGGUGAAGACCGCGACCGGUAAGACCAUCGCUCUUAAAGUCAAAGGCUCAGACACUAUCGGAAACAUGAAAGUCCAGAUCCAGUCUAAGGAACGUAUUCCCUUUGACCAGCAGGAACUGAUCUUCAACGAAAUGGUUCUUGAGAACAUGAAUACUCUAGCCAACUUACCCAUAAAGAAGGAUUCCACACUCAAACUUAUGCUUAAAUCAAGAGGAUUCAUCAAUAUAACCAUCAAGACACCAGAAGGAAUACUCAUCCAUUCUCUUGAAGUAAAACCCUCGGACACCAUCGGUGACGUGAAAGCCAAGAUGCCUGGUACUGGACACGUGCUGAUCUUCAAUGAAAAUGUCCUUGAAGAUAGCGGUACCCUUGCUGACUUGCACAUCGUCAGCGGAUCCACGCUCACACACACUUUUAAAUCAGUGGAGUUGAUGAAAAUAUUUGUGAAUACCUUCACUGGAAAGACGAUCUCGUUUUUAGUCAGCCCUGAAUACACCGUCGCCAUGGUGAAAUGGAAGAUCGAUAUUAAGGAACGUAUUCCGUGUAAUCAGCAGGUUUUGAUCUUUAACAAAAUGGUUCUUGGUGACAGUGGAACCCUUUUCGACUUUUACAUCAAUAGGAAUUCGACCCUCACACUUAUGCGCAAAUCAAGGGGACGUUCAAUCACCAAGAACUCGACCUUCAGACCUAUGAAUGAAUCAUGUGAAUUCGUGAAGAUAUUUAUUAAGCCCCUAACUGGAAAGACUGUUAGUCUAAUAGUCAAACCUUCAGACACCAUCGGUGAAUUAAAAGUCAAGCUCGAGGAGAAGGUAAAUAUUCUUCCCGACGAGCAAGUGUUGAUCUCCAACGAAACAGUUCUCCACAACAGAGAUUCCCUUGCUGACUUUCACAUCAAUAAGGGAUCCACACUCACACUUAUGCGUAUAUCAACGGGAUUCAUGCAUAUAUUCAUCAAGAACGCUCGCGCAUUUGAAAGCCCCGUUACUUUGGAAGUCAAACCCUCGGACACCAUCCGUAGGGUGAAAUUCAUGAUCGAGGAUAUGGUAAUUUGGCACCCAUGCAACUCAAUACUGAUCUUUAAUGGAAUCCGUCUGGAUGAUAGCGCUAGCCUUGUCGACUAUAACAUCAACAAGGGAUCCACAAUCCAUCUUAUUUGUGGAUAUUCAAAAUGUGAAAGCUCAUCUGAGUCAUCAUCUCCCACGCGAUCUGAGACUUCACUAUAACGGAAUGUUUCUUGAGGAUGGCCCUACCCUUGCUGACUAUCAUAUCCACAAGGUAUCAACCCUCUAUCUUAUUCCAAUAUCAAAAUGGGACUAGAUUACAGCAGCAUAUGUCUUUUUAUGUAGCUCUUUUUACGAAGUCUCUGGCUGACUAUAAAAGUUAUGAAAUGUUGGCUUCAUUAAGUCCUCCACAGUUCUGUUACAUUGUUGAACUAGUGCACAAGAAAAGCUGGGUGAGUUAUCGAACACAAUCCAUGUAUUAUUUUGUCAAAGAUACCAGUUCUAACGUGGACUAACUUAAAAUCGUGUAAACCAA